AUGUCCGUCGUCUCCCUUCUGGGAGUUAAAAAUCUCAGUAACCCUGCUGCCUUCACUGCGCCUUACCAAUUCGAGAUUACUUUUGAGUGCCUCGAACAACUUCAGAAAGAUCUCGAGUGGAAGCUGACCUACGUCGGCUCUGCCACUUCCUCCGAAUAUGAUCAGGAACUCGACUCCCUCUUUGUCGGGCCCAUUCCGGUGGGCGUGAACAAGUUCAUCUUUGAGGCCGAUGCUCCCGACCUAAAGCGCAUCCCCCCAUCCGAGAUUCUCGGCGUUACCGUCAUUCUCCUAACCUGCAGCUACGACGGUCGUGAGUUCGUGCGUGUCGGUUACUAUGUGAACAACGAGUACGACUCUGAGGAACUGGCUGACGAGCCUCCUGCCAAGCCCAUUAUUGAGCGUAUCUACCGCAAUGUCCUUGCUGAGAAGCCCCGUGUCACUCGCUUCGCCAUCAAGUGGUCAGAUCACCAUAAUUACAUGAAUGAAGGAAAAUUUACUGAUUUGAUUCCCAGGGAUACGGAUGAGUCUGCUCCUGCAGAGUUUCCUCCUGACCAGCCUGAAGCCGAUCAAGUUGAAGAUGACAGCAAUGUCUACGGUGCCGAGGAGGUUGAACUUGAAGCCGCUCUGAUUAAGGAACUUGAAUCCUCGAACAAGCCAGAGGAGGGUGAGGACCUUGAGAUGGAUGGUGGAGAAGGCACCGCUGGAAACGACGAUGACGAUGACGUUUCUGACGCCGGCAGUGAGGAUCUUGGAGAGGAUUCUGAUGACGAUGAGGAGGACGAGGAUGACGAGGGCGGAGAGGGCGACGAAGAUGUGGAGAUGGGCGACGACUCGGAGCAGAAAGCCCCCCAGCCUCAACCUGAGGUCAUGGUCCACUAA